AUACAGCAGUCUCGCCAUGUUGCCCAAACUGGUCUUGAAAUUCCGGGCUCAAGCAAUCCACCUGCCUCGUUCUCCAAACAUGCUGGGAUUACAGGCAUGAGCCACCACGCCUGGCCGAGUAUUCAGUAUUUAUAAAAUCUACAGUAGUACACAGUUAUGUCAUAGGCCAUCACAUUCGGUCACCACACACUCACUCACUCAUCCAGAGCGAUUUCUAGUCCUGCAAGCGCCAUUCAUGGAUUGACUUAUAAACAGUCAUGCUAUGUGAUGAAGAAGCCCAGAAGAGGAAGGCAAAGGAGUCAGGGAUGGCUCUUCCUCAGGGACACUUGACAUUCAUGGACGUGGCCAUCGAAUUCUCUCAGGAGGAGUGGAAAUCCCUGGACCCUGGACAGAGGGCCUUAUACAGGGACGUGAUGCUGGAGAACUACAGGAACCUGGUCUCCCUGGGGAGGAGCUGUAUAUUGGGAAGCAAUGCAGAAAACAAGCCUAUUAAAAAUCAACUUGGAUUAACCCUUGAGUCACAUCUGUCUGAAUUUCAGCUGUUUCAAGCCGGAAGGAAAAUUUACAGAAGUAAUCAAGUUGAAAAGUUUACAAACCAUCGUUCCUCAGUUUCACCACUUCAAAAAAUUUCUUCUAGUUUCACAGCACACAUUUUUAAUAAAUGUAGAAAUGAUCUUAUUGAUUUCCCAUUACUCCCACGAGAAGAGAAAGCAUACAUUAGAGGAAAAUCUUAUGAACGUAGUGAAGAUGGUGAAGUUUUUAGAGUCCCUACAAGCCUUACUAACCAUCAAGCAAUCCAUACUGCAGAGAAACCUUACAAGUGUACUGAAUGUGGCAAGGUCUUCAGUCGCAAUUCACACCUGGUAGAACAUUGGAGAAUUCAUACUGGACAGAAGCCUUACAAAUGUAGUGAAUGUGACAAGGUGUUUAAUCGCAAUUCAAACCUUGCACGACAUCAAAGAAUUCAUACUGGAGAGAAGCCUCACAAAUGUAACGAAUGUGGCAAAGCAUUUAGAGAGUGUUCAGGACUAACCACCCAUCUUGUAAUCCACACUGGAGAGAAACCUUACAAAUGUAAUGAGUGUGGCAAGAACUUCAGGCACAAAUUUUCUCUAACCAAUCAUCAGAGAAGUCACACGGCGGAAAAACCUUACAAAUGUAAGGAAUGUGGCAAGGUCUUUAGUCUGCUUUCAUACCUUGCACGGCAUCAAAUAAUUCAUAGUACAGAGAAGCCCUACAAAUGUAACGAAUGUGGAAGAGCAUUUCGCAAGCGUCCAGGCCUUAUGGCCCAUCUUCUAAUCCAUACUGGAGAGAAACCUUACAAAUGUAAUGAAUGUGACAAAGUGUUUGGGCGCAAAUUAUACCUAACCAACCAUCAGAGAAUUCAUACUGGAGAGAGACCUUACAAGUGUAAUGCAUGUGGCAAGGUCUUCAAUCAAAAUCCACACCUUUCACGACAUCGGAAAAUUCAUGCUGGAGAGAAUUCACUGCAUACCUUACAGAUGCAAUGAAUGUGGCAAAGUCUUUAGUUACAAUUCACACCUAGCACAGCAUUGGAGGACCCAGGAGAAAAACCUUACAAAUAUCAUGAACGUGGCAAAGAAUUUAGUUUGCAUUCAAGCCUCAUCACUCAUCUCUUGAUCCACACUGAAAGGAAACCCUACAAAUGUAAAGUUAAUAACAUAUAUAUAAAUAAUCUCUAAAGAGAGAACAGUUAUAUCAGAAUAGAGCAUUUAAUGAAGACUACCAGUAUAGCAUAUUCUUGAGUAGGAUUCACAUUUAACUGCUGGCCCUAUAAUGCGUAACUCUUCGAUUUAGAAUGUACAUACUUCUCAUGUUUUAAGUAAUAAAGUUUAAAGUUUUUUUUCUUUUUUCUUUUUUUUUGAGACCAAGUCUCGCUGUAUCACCCAGGCUGGAGUGUAGUGGCACGAUCUUGGCUCACUGCAACCUCCGUCUCCCGGGUUCAAGCGAUUCUCCUGCCUCAACCUCCUGAGUAGCUGGGAUUACAGGCAUGCGCCACUACUGCCCGGCCAAUUUUUGUAUUUUCAGUCGAGAUGGGUUUUCCCCAUGUUGGCCAGGCUGGUCUCAAACUCCUGACCUCAAGUGAUCCACUGGCCUUGGCCUCCCAAAGUGCUGGGAUUAUAGGUGUGAGCCACAGCGCCCAGCCUAGUUUAAACUUUUCUUAGUGUGAAUGAAUCACAUCCUUUCUACCAACAUUGUUUAAUCUUACCUCAGGAGGAUACUUUAUAGUAGAGAAUAAUGUCCCAUUAGGAUUUUAAGGUUGAAGCAGCCAGAACUCUGUGUGUGUGUGUGUGUGACAUAAAACAACAUACGCUUUUGGGUGCAUGUACUUAGGUAAGUAUGAUUUUGAGUAAUUACACUUAGUACAUGAAUUUGUCUCUCUGUACUCUGGCGUAGCAUCCUUAUGUGGGUAAAGUCAAAAUCACUUUGUGAAUAGCAGUGCAAUUUCAGCCUUGUACACCCUCAAAUGUGCAUCACUGUUAAUGAGUAUGCCCUGUA